GUUCAUAUAUGUAUAUAUGCAUUUUAAAAAGAUCAUGGCAGUUUCAAUCAAUGAAAUUUGUGAAAAUACCAAACUGGCUCGUGAAAUGGCUUUGACUGGAAACUAUGAUACAUCUGGAGUUUAUUACCAAGGUGUUGUUCAACAGAUUCAUCGGUUACUUGCGAGCAUUGCAGAUGUCACACGGAAAGCUAAAUGGCAACUUGUGCAACAUCAAAUUGUUCAAGAAUUUGAAAAAGUGAAAGCAACUUCAAAUACCUUACAACUUUUUAAAGUCGAUACACAUGGAGAAAGAUUACUGGGUACUUCAUGUUUAUCAUUUGAGGAGCCAACAAGAGAUCCAACUUUAUGGACCUAUAAUAAUUCAGAUAGUUCAUGGAAUCAAACACCAGCAAGAGAUCCAGAUGUAUGGCCACCUUUAACACCUGCUGAGCAAAAAAAUAUUAGACCACUGAAAAAUCAACCAAAGCAACAACAAAAUCGGACAAAUGUACGAAGAUCUGUAACUACUGGGAAAAGACCAGAUGCCAAAAUUGCUAAAAAAGAUGAGAGAAAAACAUCAAGAAAGGAUGACAUAAAUAAAGAAAAAUUGGAAACUGAAAAAGUAGAUGUAGAAGUAGAGGAACGCAAAUUUGAACCAUCUGGAAAUGAUAGAGAUUUGGUUGAUUUAUUAGAAAGAGAUAUUGUUCAAAAAAAUCCAAAUAUUCGUUGGGACGAUAUAGCUGACUUGCAUGAAGCAAAACGAUUGUUAGAAGAAGCUGUUGUUCUUCCAAUGUGGAUGCCAGAUUUCUUUAAGGGAAUUCGUCGCCCUUGGAAAGGAGUACUUAUGGUUGGUCCACCAGGAACUGGAAAAACAAUGUUAGCAAAAGCAGUAGCCACUGAAUGUGGAACAACAUUUUUUAAUGUAUCAUCUUCCACUCUAACUUCAAAGUAUAGGGGAGAAUCUGAAAAACUUGUUCGUCUACUUUUUGAAAUGGCCAGAUUUUAUGCACCUAGCACAAUCUUCAUUGACGAAAUUGACUCCCUAUGCUCUAGAAGAGGAUCUGAGUCUGAACAUGAAGCUUCACGACGAGUAAAAUCUGAACUUCUGGUACAAAUGGAUGGUAUAAGUUCCAAUAGUGAAGAUCCAAGUAAGGUUGUAAUGGUGUUAGCAGCAACAAACUUUCCAUGGGAUAUUGAUGAAGCUCUUCGAAGACGAUUAGAGAAGCGUAUCUAUAUUCCGUUACCAAAUCGUGAAGGUAGAGAAGCACUGUUAAAAAUUAACCUACGAGAAGUAAAAGUAGAUUUAUCUGUAGAUUUAGCAGAUAUCGCAAAAAAAUUAGAAGGUUACUCUGGAGCAGAUAUUACAAACGUUUGCAGAGAUGCGUCUAUGAUGUCGAUGCGGAAAAAAAUUGCAGGCUUAAAACCUGAUCAAAUUAGACAAUUACCAAAAGAAGAACUAGAUUUACCUGUAUCUGCUGCAGAUUUUGAUGAAGCUGUUGAAAGGUGUAAUAAGAGCGUUUCUCAAGAAGAUUUAGAAAAAUAUGAAAAAUGGAUGAGUGAAUUUGGUUCAUCCUGAUAUCAUUCUACUCAAAAAACAUGAUUUCAUAAAAAGUUGCUUAUUUAGACGAAGAUUAUUUAAAUUUUUUAUUUGUAAUUAUCGAUAAGCAAAAUAUAAUGAUCACAAUAUAUCUAUCAGUACUAUAUUCAUCGUAUUACUAUUAUGAGCAACUAUAUUUUUUCUAAUUUAUAAUCAACGAGUAAUGCAAAUUCAUACGAUUUUCUACAAACUAAAAUCUUUACUUCGAUUUUAUAGUAUAUUGUACAUGGAAAAUUGCGCAAAUUAUAUAAUAUUACAAAAUAAUUUUUUAGUGGAAGAAUGCAAUUUGAUAUUAUGUUAUUAUUACUUGAUCUAUAGAGCUAAAAUGCAAAGGAUGAUAUUAGAUGGUUUUAUAGUCUAUUGAUUUUCAUUUGUCUAAGUCAAUUAUUGUUUGAUGUUUCUAUGGUGUAUAUGUACUUCAGAACUAAUUUAGAUAUUUUGAAAUGACUAUAUUAUAAAAAUAAAAUUAACAGUUUUACUUACAA